UCUCUCGCGCAUGCACCUGAAGUGCUUUUUCGGCUCGCUUAAGCCUGAGAACUAUUUAGUCGUGCUAGCCUAAAAAAUGUCAGAGUACGGUCUUGACAGGUGAUUUUGGGAGCAUAAGCAGUCAUAACAGCAACAGAUGACGAGACACUGCUCUCUUUCUCGCCGCGUCCAUUCGUGAGCGUCGAUAAAGAUGCCGAAGAAGUUUGUUGGAGAAAACAGCAAGGCGGUGGCUGCGCGAGCUCGCAAAGCCGCCGUCAAAGAAGCCGAACAUGAGCGUAAAGUUAAGGAAGCCGAAGAUCGUGCCUGGGAAGAUGACGACAAACAGCUUGUAAAGAAGAAGCAGAAACAAGAAGAAGCGGAGAAAAAACGACUACAACAACUACAGAAAAAGGAAGAAGCAAAAGCUCUUCUUGAGAAAGAGAUGAAUUCCAUUAAAGUGGGUGGUAAACAGCCAAUAGCUAAAGUCACUCGUGCUGAAAUUGUCGCUGCCACCGAAAAACGUAACCAAGUUGCUCAGAAAAAUAAGGAAGAGGAGAAACCGAUUGAGGAGAAUUUAAACAGAAUUGUUCUCGAGGGUGAAACAGCUCAUGGAAUUGACGAAGCUAUAUCCGUGUUAAGCUUGAAAGAUCCGGAUAUAGAUCGUCAUCCGGAGCGUCGAAUGAAAGCUGCGUUCCUGGCCUUCGAAGAGCGCAUGAUGCCGAUUCUCAAGCAACAAAAUCCAACGUUACGUUUGAGUCAGUUGAAGCAAUUGCUGCGUAAGGAGUGGAUGAAAUCCACUGAGAAUCCAUUCAAUCAAGUGAAAAUACAAAACAGUAGCUAAUGAUGGAGUUACGUGG